AUGGCUCCAGGUGUUAGCAUCUUCGCUGCCAUGAUUCCCAAAAGUGAUGAACCAGGAAGUGUUCCAAUUGGGGAAAAGUCAUCCUUGUUUGGCAUAAGAUCUGGUACAUCCAUGGCUUGUCCACAUGUGACAGGAGCUGCAGCAUUCAUCAAAUCAGUACAUGGAAGAUGGAGUCCUUCAAUGAUCAAAUCAGCAUUAAUGACAACAGCUACAACCUACAAUAACAUGAGGAAGCAUGUGACCAACAGCUCAAACUACUUUGCCAACCCACAUGAAAUGGGAGUUGGGGAAAUUAACCCACUAAGAGCUCUCUACCCUGGUUUGGUCUUUGAAACAGGUGUGGAAGACUACAUCAGAUUCCAUUGUUACUAUGGUUAUUCACAGAAUGCUGGAUACCAUUUUGGGUCUCUAACAUGGCUUGAUGGUAGACAUUAUGUUCAUACAGUAUUUGCAGUCCAAGCUGAAUAA